CCCCUGUAAGCUUAUUCAACAUGAUUUGCAUAUCGGGCGUCGAUGCACGACCACCUUUGCCGGUCGUUGCCCGCUUUAGACGGCCCUUCUACUGACGGGAAGGUUUGCUUCGAUCCGAACAAUGAACGAAACCAAUGAUAUCAGAAAAAACCUGAGGCUUCGAUACCCCAAAGACCCUGUAAAGGAAAACAGUAGAGAGUACUGUGUAGUUUUCGAAGUAACAAAGUCAAAACACAAAUGUAACGUUCUUGGAGAUGAUUUCAAACUUCUCCGUAAGGGUGAACGAGUUUGUGUCGCCUGCGAGGGAGCGGCCAUGAGAAAGCAUCUUAAUUAUCGCUGUACUGGACAUGGCAUUGAGUCUAGAUCUACUCGCUGGGCGGCGCUGGAGGCGUCACACUGUCAUGGUCGAUGGGUGCGUGUCGGCGAUCAUGGUCGUUGUCCAUGUCAUACAGAUGGCAUGCCUGAUUUCAUUUUCGUUUAAGCUGACGAAAUGCUGCUUUAGUUUCACCAGCAUUAAUUAGAAAAUUUAAAACCUUCAUAUUGAUACAUAUAUAUUGUUUUCUUUCUUGCAUACUGUAUUGAUUAAUGCUCAGUUGUCAAUGGUGCUGUGUUAAAAGUCAUCAUGUUAGUAUUACCAGUUUAGUCUACGAAAUGACAUAAUAAUAUGCGGACGUUGUGAUCGUUACUUUUUAUCAUAACGUAACAAGCAUGGCCGUAGCUAGCUAUCAGGCCACCGAAGUUCGGCCCAUAGUUAAAAUCUGAAAUUAAAUGUAACGUACUGUUACGUCUCCGUUUUUUUAAUUAACUGAUUUUCCGUAAC